AUGUCUCACCAAUCAAAUCCCAACGACUCGCAUGAAAAUCUUCCCCGAGAAGAUGACCCCAGCGGCCCUGCUCCAGAAGCGGUGCUGCCACAACAGCGAUCUGAGGGAACUCACCGGGAAAUCUACCCCGCCGAGCGAGGUGAGAUCGCUUCUGGACCGGGUGGUUCUGGCACAGGCCCUGCCGAAGUGCGCCCCCUACAGCUACCAAGCCGCCUGGUGCAACAAGCCCGCUUACUUGAGCAGUUCCAGCAGAUAUCCUUGCUGAGGGCUGCCUCCAGACCUAGAUCACCCCCAAGGUACCGCUACCUCUCAAUAUUGGUGCCCAUUGAGGACCUCAUCGACCGUCUCUCUCGCCGAGAACAGAAACUCAUCACCCGAGUCUAUCGCAACCUCGACAAUGCCUUUUCUCUGAUCCGAGACGGGCCUAACCUUUGA